CAACCCUCUACGUGACGUAAGUUACACCAACCUAAGCACUUGUCUAGACAGCACUAUGUUGGCAGGAGAAAUUCUCCCAUUGACCUACAUACUACUGCUCAGGGGCAGCACUGCAUUGGUGCAACUGCCCCACUCUAAGCUCUGUAGUGUACCCAUAGCCUGAGUCUUCAAGCAGCAAUGUUCCCUACUGUGUGCCAGACUAGGGCACUUUGGAUUUUCAGUGGGCUUUUACCUAACUAAAUAAAAAGUAUCUUUUUAACUCAUGUUUUUGUUAGGUUGCAUGAGAGUGCGAAAUCAAUUGAUCAGGUUUUUAGAAGACAUCAGUGUUGGGAAUAUAGCUAACAGGAGGACACAAUCAAACUGCAAUGAGCUGUAUGUAGCCACUGAAGCAAUCCUCAUUGCACUAGUAGGGGCGACACCUCCCUACCACUGGGACCUUGAAGAGCUUUCAGCUAAUCAAAGCCAUAGCAACCAGUCCACUCUUGAAGAGAGAGCCUUCGGGGAAUGGCUGCUGACAGCCAAUGGGAGUGAAGUUCAUAAACAUGUGCACUUCAGCAACAGCUUCACAUCUAUAGCUUCUGAGUGGUUUUUAAUUGGGAACACAUCAUACAAAGUCAGUGCUGCUAGUUCGUUUUUCUUCAGUGGUGUGUUUGUUGGAGUGAUCGCUUUUGGCCAGCUCUCAGAUCGCUUUGGGAGGAAAAAAGUCUAUCUCACAGGUUUUGCCCUUGACAUCUUGUUUGCCAUUGCAAAUGGAUUCUCCCCAUCAUACGAGUUCUUUGCAAUCUCUCGCUUCUUGGUGGGAGUGAUGAAUGGAGGAAUGUCGCUGGUGGCCUUUGUUCUACUGAAUGAAUGUGUGGGAACUGCCUAUUGGGCAUUGGCAGGAUCUAUCGGUGGCCUGUUCUUUGCAGUGGGAAUUGCCCAGUAUGCUAUGUUAGGAUAUUUCAUUCGUUCUUGGAGGACUCUGGCAGUUGUGGUUAAUCUGGAGGGAACAGUAGUCUUUCUCCUCUCUCUAUUCAUUCCUGAAUCACCCCGCUGGCUAUACUCACAAGGUCGUCUGAGAGAAGCGGAAGACGCCCUCUCCCUCAUUGCAAAGAGGAACUGCAAACAGAAAUGCACUUUUUCACUAAAGCUCCCAGCUGACAGGAACCGCAGAGAGACGGGCAGUUUCUUGGACCUGUUCCGAUACAAGAUCCUUUUGGGGCGCACUUUGAUCAUGAUGUUCAUCUGGUUUGUGUGCAGCUUGGUAUACUAUGGUCUGACUCUCAAUGCAGGUGACUUAGGAGGAAGUAUUUAUGCCAGCUUGGCUCUCUCUGGGCUGAUAGAGAUACCUGCCUACCCAAUCUGUAUCUACUUGAUUAACCAAAAAUGGUUUGGCCGAAAACGGACGCUGGCAGCAUUCCUUUUCCUGGGAGGAUUGGCCUGUCUGAUUGUCAUGUUUCUUCCAGAAAAAAAAGCCACAGGAGUGUUUGCUGUUGUGAACAGUCGUUCUUUGUCUUUACUGGGGAAACUGACAAUCAGUGCAGCAUUUAACAUUGUUUAUAUCUACACAUCAGAGCUUUAUCCUACAGUGAUCAGGAAUGUUGGAAUGGGUUCCUGCUCCAUGUUUUCCCGGGUUGGUGGGAUCAUUGCUCCCUUCAUCCCUUCACUGAAAUCUGUGCAGUGGUCUCUGCCAUACAUCGUGUUUGGAGUGACUGGCCUGUUGUCGGGACUCUUGAGUUUGUUAUUGCCAGAAACACUGAACAGCCCUUUGCUGGAGACCAUAUCAGACCUGCAGGUGUGCUCAUACUGGAGACUGGGGAAUGAAGCCAUGUCAUUGCAAGCACUAGGUGGCUCACGGUCUGCAGGCAAAGAUAGUUCUGCAGGGACUGAAAGUGAAGAUGAAGAAUUCUAUGAUGCUGAUGAAGAGACCCAAAUGAUCAAGUAAAAAGAGGAUGCUUUCCUUUUUAUGCCUUUUUAAAAACUUGUCCAGCCAGGACCAUCCGCAAAAAUAAAACUGGAACCGUCUGCGGGUAUAUUAUAACAGGGCAAGUGCCUCUUCCUUUCCAGCUUUGGGAGGAGAAUUAGAGUACUGUUCAGAUGCAUUACGGUGGCUUAAGUGGUGACCACUGCUGAUUUUUUUUUUCUCACCCAUGAGAGCCAUUCAAACACUUGUGGCUCAAAAUUUUGAUUGCAGGCUUGGUUUGAGGCCAAAGAUAAUGAUGAGAGGGAGGGAUCUGACAUUUCAGAAACUUAGACUUGAGAACUGAUCCAACUGAUGGACAGACUUCCACUGCAUGUGUUUGCCUUUUUCCUUCAAAGUGGGCUUGUAUUGAUUUUGAAGCAACUGAAAUCCAUAAACUUGGAAGGUUUCACCAGGCUUUUUUCAGAUGGAUAAAAUCUAAAGAGUUAAACUGAACAUGAUGGAAACAAAUUCCUGAAAUCCUCUGUUCAGUUACCUACAGCACACUGAAAAGAAUGAACCGUGGAAUCUCUGCCUGUUCUCCAUAUGCUCGCUGGAAUAGAAUUUCAUGCCUCAAGUGGUUAGGGAACACCAACAAAUGACAACUGUUCUCAGUGAUGUUGUAGGUAAAUGGCUAGAGAGAUCAUCAGAGGUUGGAGAGACCAAUUAAUAGGAGAGGGCAGAUGGACUUAAUUAAAACAGAAAUCCCCAUUAUUACUGAUCUUUUCUCUCCCCCCCCCAUAUCUGUCUCCCCAUCCCACCUCUGCCACUCCCAAAAUAAUUUGCUUUUUCCUUUGCCUUUGAUUCUUUCUCUCACAUGUUUAUCAUGACAGUCCAGAAAUCUCAGGGCAGCUCUGAAUUUGUUGCAUAUUCGGUUUGAUUUUUUUCUCUCAUCUUUUUCUCCACUUUGCCAUGUAAACUUAGGGACCAGUUUUUCUACGGCACAUAGCGAAUGUCUUUUGGGAGAUAAUUUUACUUAGCGACAUUUUGCAUUACAUUUUGUAUCUGAUUGUGGCUAUGGAGAAAAAUGAUAUCUGCAGUGGUAUAUAGUGCUGAAGUUGCCUCUGCAGGCUGCUGCUGACGACUUGAGUGUCUUUAGUAUUUAUUUUAAAUUUCUUUGUGUGUGUGUGUGUGUGUGUGUGUACGUACGUACACACGCAUUCUUAGUUAAUUUCUUGGGCCAAUAUUCAGCUGGUUACUUGACCUUGUAGAGGGAGCACUUUUUGUUUUUGUUUACACUAAACAUUUUUAAAGUACUAUAAUAAAAAGAUUUUGAAUAUUUGAAGCUUUUGCCAACUAAUAGAUGUGGCCUUUGAGUAGUUAGUAUCAUCUUUAUCCUCCUAGUUCUUACUGUUGACUUCUAUAUAAUUAAUUUUUUGCAGUUUGUGGAUUCACACUUCAUAUUAAGUGUAAAGGUAGCUAGUUAUUCUAUUAGAAUAUGAUACAUGGAUCAAAUGAUUGGAGAGAAGAGAGUCUACUGAAUAUAUUCCGAAGUCAGCAAAAACCUCAAUUAUUCUGGAAGGAAGCAGUAAAAAGUCAGAUCUGAAACUUACAGGAAUAUCUGAACUUUGUCCAGUCAAGAGCAGCAUAGACUGCUUUCUAAGAGCCCAAGGGUUGUAUCCCUGUUGUUUAUGGGGAAUAUAGUGCUGCCAUUCUCAUCUUUAGUGGAAAGAGGAAGCCUACAAAGAGUACAUGUCCGAGUAUUAAAUACUCCAUCUUGAUCCAAACAGAUUGGUGCAGUGCUGUUAGCAUAGCGGUGAGUUGUAGUUGGGGAUCAAUAGUUUCUGCAGGCAGUACUUUAGUAUGGAACAGGAAGAUGGCAGCUGGCUGCAUCAUAGACAUCAGUGAAAUGUAUUUGACCAGCAAGCCCAUACCAUCUCUCCUGUCUCUAGCACAGCUCUUGUGAAUGUGACAGCAAAAUUGAUAGAAUUAAAAAUAAUAAUAAUCUGGAUCUUCUGCCUUAUUCAUACAUAGGAAAAUGACUGAGUGGAAGUUCUUGGAGCUAUAAUUAACUUUGUGUUUUAUGUUUUUUCCUUUUGUAUUUUAAAUUAUGAGGAUUAUAUGAAACACGAGGCAAAAGGUUUUGUUUUGUUUUUUGUUUUUUCCCUAUUAGGUCCUUGGUGUCCUUUUUCCCCUCAAAGGUUCUAAAUGUGCAAUAUCUUAUGCUGAAGUUAAUGCUGCAGUUCCUAGGAACUGCACUGAUGUGGUCACAAACCCUGUAUUUCUUAAGGGAUCAAUGUGCACAAUGAAAUCCUUGCCUUUCUCUGGCUUUCGGCAAUGGAUAUAGUGAGACUGAACAGUGCUCUUGGCCUCAUUGGCUGUUUGGUUUUUGUCUUUAUUCUAGAUUGCUAACGGGGGAUCUAUUCCAUGUAGCUUUCCAUUGUUACUUGAUGUGGUUGCUAUAGUUCAGGAGGGUGGAUUUCCUUGUAGGUUCUUGGUCCAAAUUUGUGUCUGUCCCUAGCUUACAGUCAAAUGUAUUACAUUUCAUGCACACUUUUUUGUACAUAUAAUUGCAAAACCAAGGAUGAAUGAAUUUUUAUGCAAAAUAAAUUAACUAUAUAUUUUUUAGAUCCUUAUUCUGAAUCUGUCCCAUUUCUGCACAUUCUUUAGAAGUUAAGGACUUCCUAAUCCAUCUCCCAUAGAGGCUGUUGAUUUACUGUUUGUUUAUUUGUGGGGCAAUGAAUUGCUACAGUAGUAUCUUCCUAGGCAGGAGCUCAAUGUUCAUUGGUUUGGGUUAUUUUACAGGAUUCUGAUAAAUGACUAAAUACUCUUCCCCUCCAAAUGCUCCAGUCUGGAUCCUCUGAUGUUUGGGUUUGUGCUGUUGAGGGUGGUACAAACUGACUACCAGCUACAGAACAGUAAGAGAUUCCCGUUAUGUACAAGGAAGUCUUAAGCCAUUGGGACAUCAGAUAUUUUGCCCUAGUUGGCUUUUGUUGUGGACACACGAUGCACAAACUUCCAUGGCAGGUAUGGACAGCAUACACUGUAUCUAAUCAAACCAAUAUUGCUAAGCAGAACUCUUCAGAUUGACAAUACCUGCUGUUCUGAACACUGCAUCUAAGUGCCUGUUUUUUAGUUAGAGGCCCAAGUCACAAAAUUUGUGUAACUACCCCACCUCCGAGUAUAACAUAACGGCUCAGUUCCUGCCUGAUUCUGAUUCUUCCCCGUAUGGUUAGCACAUAUUGUACAUCUUCCCAGGGAAGUUGUCAUGGAGUAUGUGCCAGUUCUUUUUUAAAAAAAUUACUGUUAAUGACACUAAAAUAGCACUCUUGGUUUGACAGGUCUAAUCUUUGCAAUACUUGAUUGAAGUUUGAGAAACUCUCUUCCCAUGAUUAUCUUAGUCCCAUGUUGCUAGGUUAACAUUACAUAUGUACUCUGCACUAUUGAGGGUUCUUCCUGUCUAGACAUGAGAAUAAAUUCAAGUUGGAAGCUGUUGGUCUGUUACCUGUAUUUUCUCCUUUUGUAAAAGUAGCAGAGAUCAGGCCGGUACUAAUUCCAGUGAGACCCAUCUACUUAUUAUUUUCCAUCUCUGUUGUUGGGGUGUGGCAGGAGGCGCUCUCUAGCUUCUAGAGAAGGGGUAGGCAAGAUACGGCCUCGGGGCCAGAUACGGCUCUCCAAGCCUUUCAUUUUGGCCCAUGGCCACACCACUGGACCCACAGGCAGGGAGCAGCCCCAGGGCUUGGAGCAGCUGACUGCUCCAUCUGCCUUUCUGUGUCCAGGAGGGAGGUGGAAGCUUUGUGCACUGCGAACCCCCUCCUUCACCCAAGCUCCCUCUCAAAUCCCACACUCUCUCUCCUUGUCCAAUCUACUGUAACCUUCAAAUGAUUCAUGUGAUAGGAUGACUUCUUACAUUUAUUUAAUCUUCUCUCUCCUACGGAUAGCUUCUUGCAUCAUUCUAAAAUGGCUUUGUUUGCAAACCUAGUGAAAAGCAUUAAGAAAAUAUGAAUAGGGAAUAGAUUUUUUUUCUUUAAUUCAUUUGACGUGUCCCUAGUGCUAACACUCUUAAGUGUCCUCAGUCAGAUUGGACUGGUGCUCUGUAUAAGUAAUUCUAUGGAAUUAGUCUAAAGCAGUUGUUUCAUUUCAGCCUAGAAAUCUGGCAAUGUAUAGAACUUGUUCUAUAUGUUCUUUUGGAAUUCUUGCAGGUGACCAGAUAAAACUAGUAUUUACAAACAGACACUCCAUGGGUCUUUAGGACAAGAAAAGGGAGAACUACCUUUGUUUGCUCAUGCCUUAGUGCUCUUUGCACUUUAAUGACCAAUGUUUCUGAAAUCCUUCUCACUGCUUGCAGGGACAAUGAUUAGCCAAAGAGAUUAAUAUUCAAAACAAAGUAUAGAAUUUGCCUAAUUUGAAAGCAUUGCCUAUCUCACAUCAUACAUAAGUUUGCAGGGCCUUAUUUUGUAUUAUAAAUAUCAAAGCUCAUUGUCCAAUAUCUUGUUUAUCCUGAUAAGACCAAUUGCUAGAAUUUGUAAGUUCACUCAUUAGACUCUAAGAAAUGUUGAUUGAAGGCCACAUGGUUAAAUUGGCAUAUUAGAUUGAUGGCAGUGCUAAAUAUUAAAAUGUCUAGAUUAGAGUUUUGUUUCCUUUUGGAACUCAGUUUUAAAAAAACUCAAAUUCUAGCUGGUAGCAUGUGUGCCAGGAAAAAUGCAGACAAUCAAGGGAAUGUACAACAGGAGUUGCUUCCUGUCUCCAAAAGAUAAUAAAGUGAUUUUGUACUACCAGGCAGGUAAUUGGAAUGGGACAAAGAUAUAAUCCAUACCUUUAUACAUAUACAUGGCUGUCUGGGCCAAUCGCUCUCUCUUGUAUAUCUGCCCGUCAAUCACCAAAGAUGCAUGGGCCUCUAAAACAAAAUAUUACUGCUUCCCAUCCAAUUUUGUUACAUUGCUCAUCUUACUCAAUCAGGAGCCAAAGUAUGACAGUAAUAGUAAUGAGUUUUAUUUACAGAAAUGUUAACUAAACAGCUGUAUUUCAAAAAUGCAGAAGCCAAUAAGCCUCCUAAAUUAAUGAAGUAUUGCUCACAUUGUGGCUAGUGUUCCCUCUUAAGAUACUGGGCAGCACAGCUUCACAGGUGAUUAAUCCGCCCCGCCCAGUCAGAGGCUCAGGGCUCCAUGCACUGCUUAGAGGAAACACUGGUUGUGGCCUCAGAUGGUUUUAAAUGAUCAAGACAGAUUCAAAGACUGCUAAGGAUUUAGUUGGGAGCCCACAUCUGUAUAUAAUCUGAAAUGGGCAGAACUUUAUGGAAACAUUUAAUAUUGUCAACACACAUACUAUUUACAGUAUAUUGAAGAAUAGAGUGCUUAGGGCAAUGCUAAUAAUAAAGAACCUAUUUUUGUCACUUAGAAUUUCAGGUAAGGCUCUAACUAGACGAUCUUUAAUUCCAAGGAAAGGUGAAGUCAAAACCUUUUUAUUUGUGUUGUGUGUUAUUGUUGAAGCUUGAAUGAGAUGCAGUCAUUGUGCAGGUGUGUGUGUGUGUGGUGGGUUUUUUUUGUUUUGCUUUAUAAGGAAUAUUUGUAUUGUACUAUGUACUUAGUGAUAGCAGCUUUUUCUUCCUGGGUUAAUAAUAAUGGGGGGUUUUAAGCUACCUCUUUGCAUUAACCUUUAAUCAGUACUGAAUAUUAUAUUAAAGAGAUUUAGGAGACUAUAGGAAAAAUGAGGAGUCCUGUGGCACCUUAUAGACUAACUGAAGUGUAGGAGCAUAAGCU